AGAAGAAAUUUCAAAAUCGACCAAACACUAUGUAACUUUAAUGCUCAUAUAACAUUAUGAGCGCGACUAGUAUUACAGUCAUUAUACUCCACGGAAUCCACCACUUUUUUGAAAUUAGAACUUUUGUUCUAUAAGAAGGAAUAUAAGCUGAGCUAAGCUAACUGGCAAUUGUGUUGCGAUGCGAGAACAUUGAAGACAGCCAUAUGUUAUAUCAGUACGGUUUUCCUUAACGAUAGAAAACCAACGCCGGAUGAGUGAGCCCGAGACUACAACUGAGCGCGCUUUACACUAUGUGGAACGUCUUACACUGUAAAGUCUUGAGAAAAAAUGUCAGUCACUGUCUUUUACAAAGAGAUUAUGAUCAUACUCUGGUGCUUAUACCAAAAUGAUGGUGGGAUACAAGUCUAACGAUAAUAAUUGUUUAAAAAAACUCCGAAUUAUUGUUUCAAAAAUAUACAGUAGUUUGUAAUUAAUUGCAAAGUUUUUUAUUCUUCAGGGCAGAGUAGCUGUGGUUAUGGAGAAUCGGCGAGUGUAGUGUCCCAGCAGGACCUCAGCAACUUAUCCGUUGAGAUUGCCAGUUGUGAAGGUGACAUUACCUUUUUCGCUAAACGCCAUGACGUUGACACAAGACAGUGGUUUUUUGAUGAUUUUAACGAGUGGUUCAGUAAUCCACGCGAUUCCAGAGCUUAUGUACUCCUAGGCGAUCCAGGUGUCGGCAAAAGUGUGAUGGCCGGAGUCAUGGCACAGCGCAGGAGAAGGGCUGGACAGUUAGCCGCUGCCUACUUUGGCCGUCACAACGAUGGUACAAGAAAUGAUCCCAGGUAUCUUCUUGGGACUGUUGCACGUCAACUCUGUGAUUUUAAUACUCAGUAUAAAGUAAUUAUAGGAGGAGAAAGUGGAGUAAAAAUGUUGUUAGGCAAUUCUAAACUUGGUGUUCGUGAACUCUUUACAAAAGUAUUACAAGAACCAUUAAGCAAGUGUCCUCCUUGUGACCAGAGGAAGUUAGUUAUUAUUGACGCGCUGGACGAGACCGAGUACGAGUCCAGGGAAGAUUUUCUUGAUCUCAUAAUGCACUGCUUUCCCCUGCUUCCCGAAUGGCUUGUGUUCUUUAUCACCAGUCGCCCUGAAGAUUCGGUAGAGUUCAGAUUGAAAAAGUAUAACCCCUGUGUUAAGAUUUGUGCUGGAAACAGCGAUCAAGACAACGUCUAUCAGCAGCAUGAGCAGGAUAUUCAAAUAUUUUUGAACAAGGGAAUCGAUUUCUCUCGUUUAUCCGUCACGGUAGAAGAGGUAUCAAAAAAGUGUAACGGAUUAUUCUUGUUUGCACAUUACAUUGCGGAAGAUCUGAGGCGUUCUUGUGAUUCAGGUAAGGAAUUAGGUCAAUUGAGCGAUAUUUUCCCUGGAGAUAUGGACAGUUUCUUUUUGAAGAAUUUUACACGUUUCUGCGAUCAAGUGGGACAGGAUCUCUUUAGGAAGGUGUUUGGUUGUGCCAUCGUAUCCCCCUCUCCACUUCCUGUUUCAAGCAUUUCCUACAUUCUAAAGAGAGAGAACUCAAAUCACGAUGAACAACAAGUGAUCGAUGCUGUAUCACAAUUUGUGGUGUUACGAACAUCUGAUCAGACAUUAACUUUCCUUCACAAUCUGAUCCCAGCGUGGUUGACGGACAAGAACAAAGCUUCUCGAAAAUUGUUCAUCGAUAAGAAGAACGCAGGUGAGUACCUUAGAAAAGUUUUUGUUGAAAUUCUCCCUUUUGUCGUGAAUGAACCUCCGACAGGCCCAUCCAUUGACGCUGAUUUGAAGGACUAUGUUUCACGCGUUGGCAUCCGCCUUCUGUGUGAGAAUGGGGAGAAAGAUUCGCUGAAAGUUGCUUUCGAUUCCUUGACGAAUUAUCAUUUCAUUGAAAGAAGAAUGAAAUAUGGGAGAAUUGAGAUUUACCACCUGCUGGAAGAUUUCAGGCUCGCGGCUAGCCGCUUUGCUCUCGAAGAAGUAAGUAAACAAGAAAUCCUCCAGGAGAUCUUGUUUACUAUUGAAAGCAAUGUUCUUAUUCUCUUGGAAUGCCCACACCUUCUUCAUUCGUGUAUACGAAACGCUUCAAAUGCUGUCCAAGAGACCGUUUCCAUCCCUCAAGUGUCGGCUCCUUGUUUAGAGUGGAUCAGUAAUUAUGCUUUUCCAUUUGCUGUUGAUGCCAACAUUACUAACAUGCACUGCUUUGCCACAGCUCCUAAUAAGAGGACAGUGGCUGGAGCAAAGGGUUGGUUUCUGCAAUUCUUUGACGCGUCUACGGCACAAAGAGUGAGUGGUCCUUUUGAUAUAGGCAACGAUGCUAUUGACUAUAGUACCCGUUUGAAGUUUACCCCUGAUAUUACCAAUUUGGGGUUUACCCCUGAUAUUACCAAUUUGGAGUUUACCCCUGACGGCAAGUUUCUGUUUUUUGGACGCCUCGACAAGUGGUUUUCUGUUGAGCGAGGUUGUGUCGUGGACUUUCCUCAGUUCUCAGGGAAUUCUCAUAUCUAUAAAUGGGGCGUGUUUACUCGUGAUGGACAGUGUAUUGUCGUGAAAAGGAGUUUGAUGUCCAACCCAAUAACCUGUCGAAACAAGUUUUGUUUGCCUAACUUACUGGCUCUGUGGGCUCUGAAGGAGAUUGAGCAGAGUGGAGAUGAUGAGGUGACUGUCAGUUUUUGUCCUGACGUAUCUAACCAGGAGGAACCAUAUAGCAGAGCAGGAUUGCAAAUCGAACGUUUGUUCGAGCGUCUUGGAAUAAGACAAAUCUUGGGUGAGGGUCUCGGAGGGGUUCUUAGGAGGCAUUAUGAUGCCUCGGAGUCUCAGGGUCUCUGGGAUUUCCUUUAUCCUUGUCGGUUCUGUAGGACGCCACAAGAAUUAAUUCGGUCGGAACAGGACCCGUCCUUGAAAACUGUACAAGAACGUGUCAUUGAGCUCUACCCCAAUAUAUUUAAUUAUCAAGUUUGGGAUCUACGGUCUGGGAAACCUGUGUUACAGCAAGUGUUUUUACAGGAUAUUCAGCUCGACCCGUUCACGUAUUUGUGCCAUGUGUCCUGUGUUUAUAGUGAAGCUGGAUUGAAAAUGAAGUGUUCUGGAAUAGAAAAAGCCAUGUCACUUUGUAACAUUGCCAUAGUAACUGCUGUUUGCCAUUUUUCGCUGGAGUUGAAAAUAGAGAGGGCUUUUCAGCAGGUGUGGCCGAGGCACAGACAUACUGGGCAGAGAACAAAGUUGCAAGGUUUUGUGUCCCCUGAGUUGUUCAGAGAGGUCCAUGAUGACGCAUUCAAGAUUGGCCUGUGGAGGAACAUUCCUAGAGGUUUUCUGAAUCUCUUUAACUGUUUUGCUUACGGAGAAAUUCUUACUUGCGUGUCACCAGAAAUGAAAUGGGUAAUCCAGGCUGAUGAUUCACUGAAGGUGAGUUUGCUACAAACAGGAAAUCAAGAACAACACUAUAUUCAUCAGGAAGAACCAGAAUAUGCCUUCAGUAAGUUCACACGCUUUACGUUUUCAAAUGAUGAUCUUUAUGUGGUGUAUUCCUGUGAAGGUUCACUGCAAGCCUUAUCUCUCACGACAGGUAAGAUAUUUUCGAGUGUGUCGGGCUGUGACCUUUUGUAUCUUACAAGAGAAAGGCAGGUUGGGUAUUUGUUUCGUUGUGGUACCGAAGAGACAGCCAUCUUUUUGACAAGUUUAUUCAGUCCUUUUAAGUGUCUUCCAGCAUCACGUGUUAAACCGUCAGUUGUAGGAAAAUCCGUUGCAGUGAUGUUCUUUUCAAGUAAUGCUGUUAUUUCUGUUAGUUCUGACUCGAUGGUUACGUUAUGGCAAACUACUACUUUUGCUGGUAGAGAAGUCAUCACCUUUAGUUCUAAGUCUUCGUUGACUGCAUCCAGCCCGCAGUCUCUUCCUGUGAAGAAUUGUGCGCUAUCUUCAGACGGAAGGCUUAUUGCCAUUCACCAGGAAGCCAAGUUAGAGUUGUAUAGUUUUGACGAAUCGGAAUUGAAGUUUCUUCACUCAGUAUUUGCAUCAAAAUGCGCAUUCACGGUUCCAUACUGUGUUUUUUCAGCUGACGGCAGCACUCUCCUCUUUUGUAUCCAGGAUAGCAGGAAUGCUUCACGUUUCUAUGCUUGGGAUAUCAAAGAGGAAGUAUUUUCAGCUUCUUUCAAAUCACCGUGGUUGCUGACUGCGGAAUGUUGUUAUCUUUCAUGGAAUAAACAAGAACUAGUCUUGUGUGGUGACGAGAUUGAGAUCUGGGAGUACGCUGAACAUACCUGCCGCCUUCUUACGAGACUCACAAUUAAGAAGCCAUACAACUCUGUUAAGUUCAGUCAGUGCACUGUGUCGGUAGAUAAUCAGUUUUUGGUAUGCUGCAUCGCAGACGUCAUUCUUGUGUACAAUCUUCAUGCUUAUGAUAUCGAUUCCUCCAAACAAGUUCUCCGCGGCCAUCUUGGUAGAAUCGAGUUUUGUCGGUUUUUAAAAGUAAAUCGUUAUCUUAUCUCAUACGGUGUUGAUGGUAUGGUCUUUCUGUGGGACAUCAGCGUGUCGAAAGCUGUUGGAUUCGCCAGGAUAGCUGAAGGGCAGGAAAGCAUUGUAAGCAUGGCCGUGUCCACUGAAGAAGACAAAGCUGUCUGUUUUACAUCCUCUAAUCGAGUGUGCAUGGUAAAACUCUGUGAACUGGGAUCUGCGCUUCCAAUGAAACCUUGGACGACACCUUCGAAAGGCCAAGUAAGCAAAGCUGACACAAGUCCGCAACUGCAAGAGGAAGUCGCUUCAACAUCUGAGAAUUGCAAUUUAUCUCUUGAGGAUGACAUGUUCGAGGCAAUGAGCAGUUCUGACUCUGAAGAAGAAAUGGAUUUUUCUUACUACCUAUCCGACUAGAUAUGUCAUAUAAUGUAUGGAACUGCUCUACGGUGACUCUCCUUAAUACGCUAAAAGAAGCUGGCGCUUGCAAACAUGUGUAUCAUAAUAUUGAGAAUCCUAACUGAGUGUAGUCGAAUAAAUAAGGCGAGAAUUUCUCAAAGCAGCGAAAUAGGAAACGUGAAAUGUAUUUAACGUGAAAUCAAGUCACUGGUUGUUACCAAAAUUCAAAUUAUUUUUUUUAUGGACGUUUCCUCUACUGUUCCUAUUUCCGAAACUAAUCAGUGCAAAAUUUCAACAACUGAAAUACAAUUCA